GUCCAGACCGACGUUGUGUCCCACAUCACCACCACAGACUCCAAUGGCAAGCCAACCACUAUAACCACCACUGCUCCAUGCUCUGAUUUGGAAUCCCACGUUGAGAGCCAAACAACUUCACCAAGCAUGCAUACCACCUCACUUGUUGGUUCUGAAAACGGUGUUAGUGCUAAGACUGUCAAUGACAAGCCUAACCCAACUAGCGUUACAGAAGUUGCUCUAAGUCAAGGUACUACAUCCAAUGCCGGUUAUUCGUCAGACCAAGGUAUCUCUUUGGAGAUGUUUGCUCCUACAGGAGCUUCUGCUGUUGAAAGUGGCAAUAAGGUGUCCCAGACCCAAACUGCCUCCAUCUUCCACGGUGCAGGUUCUACAUUCAAGAUCAAAUUUGAUACCAUUCUACUAUCCACAUCAUCGACUAUCUUGAUUCUGUUAGGCAUGGCUUAA